AUGUCUCCUUAUCGUUUGGUAUUUGGUAAACCGUGUCAUCUUCCUGUUGAAUGGGAACACAAGACUUAUUGGGCUGUUAAGCAAUGUAACAUGAGGAUUGAUGAAUCUGAUGAGUUGAGAAAGUUGCAGCUGCAAGAGCUUGAAGAAAUUCGUAAUGAUGCAUACGAAAGCUCUAGAAUUUACAAGGAAAAAACAAAAGCAUUUCAUGAUCAAAAGAUUUCUAGGAAGAAUUUUGCUAUUGGUCAGAAAGUUUUACUUUAUCAUUCUAGAUUGAAACUUUUUCCUGGUAAAUUGCGUUCUAGAUGGGUAGGACCUUCUGUUGUCACUAAUGUUUUUCCUCAUGGUGCAAUUGAAAUACACAGUUUAGAGACCAGAAAAUUUUUUAAAGUUAAUGGACAUCGUUUAAAGCCAUUUUAUGAAGGUUUUCAGGUAUGUAAUGUUGAAGAAAUUAGUUUGCAGUGCCCAGUUUAUGAAGAUUGA